AGAAAUUCGCAGCCACCAUAUCUCUUCACGGCACAAAAGGCCACUCUGGGAUACCAUACUCUCCAGCCAGUCUCCAUUGCUAAGGUUUCUGAAACAGCCAUGGCAGCAGCUCCUGAACUUUCCAAUGAAAUGGCUUACCACAGCAGCAGUGAGAAUGACCGGUACUUCGAGGCCAAUGGCCCCAAACAGAUGAAGCAAUGCUUCCAAGACCUGGACCUCAUUUCUCAGGAAGAUGAUGGCAUCGAGUUCCAAAUCUCCAGCCAGCUCUACAACAAGAAGUUCAGGCGGGUGGUGUCGAUCAUUGUGACUGUGGAGAAGCUGCGGAACAUGCUCGUUCCUGACUCGCUGACAUUCCGGAAUGACAACCUCAGGAGCCUCUUUUUGUUCAUCUUUGAAGAAGAACCCAUCCUUUGUGACGAGGAUGAUGACGAUUUGUUGUGUGAUGCACCUCCAAGAUGGCUGAACUGCAGGCUCCAGGACAUAGAACAAAAGAGCCUGGUGCUGUCUGAUGCAUGUCAGCUUCACGCUCUCCACCUCAGAGGAGAGUCUCUGGAUCAACAAGUGGUGUUCUGCAUGAGCUUUGUGCAAGGAGAAGAAACCAACAACAAGAUACCCGUGGCCUUGGGCCUCAAGGAUAAGAAUCUGUACCUGUCGUGUGUGAUGAAAGAUGGAAAGCCCACCCUGCAGCUGGAGACGGUAGACCCCAAAAUGUACCCAAAGAAGAAGAUGGAAGAGAGAUUUGUCUUCAAUAAGACAGCAAUCAAGGAGCAUUUUGAAUUUGAGUCUGCCCAGUUCCCCAACUGGUACAUCAGCACCUCUCAAGCAGAACAAAUGCCCCUCUUCCUGGGAAACACCAGAGGCAACCAGGAUAUAACUGACUUCUCCAUGGAAGUCAUCUCUCCUUAAAGAGCCAGACAGAGAGUCCCCAUGUGCAGAAUGACCCAUGGGGCUCCAGGAGGGGAGUAUAAGGGUUUUGAACAUGGCUGUAGGCCAAACAUAUCCAAUUGGUGCCCAGUUGCCAUCCGUGUAUUAGUGCCCACCAGACAGGAGGAAGGUCCCCUUCCUCCCGGGCCAAUCUCAGACACCCCCACCUCUGCUAAGCCAAGCUCCUCUUGUCUCUCUUACUCACUCAAAGUCAGUCUGGCAGAAACCAUUACCCUCUGUCCUUUGUUUCCUGCUUCUGGAACCACUUAACUAUUUAUUUAUUUAUUUAUUGAGGGUUUAGUCUAUUUAAUUCAGGAAGUAGCAGUGUCUGUGAAAGAACCCAGUCUUCACUAUCUAUUGAUUCAAUUUUAUUUGGCCUAGUGUGUCAUCUUUAUCUUUAAUCUUUACUUUACCAAGACUGAAAAUAGAUAAGCUCAGAUGAUGAUCGUAUUGCUUCCAUGAUUCUGAAAUAAAUU